AGUUUCCAACAUGAAUUUCCAUGCAGACGUCGCCGUCUGGUUACAUCUUCUCAUAAUAUCGAGUUGUAUGUUAUAUGGGAAAGUAGCGAGUCAUGAAGUAACGUUUUAUGUUCAUAACAGAUGUCCAUUCCCGAUUUGGCCGGCGAUUGCCCCCAACUCCGGCCACCCCGUGUUGGCUUCCGGAGGAUUUUUCCUCCCUUGCGGGGACUCGAGACGUAUCGACAUCCCUUGGGGCUGGAACGGCCGGCUGUGGGCCCGAACCGGCUGCAACUUCGACUCCAACUGGAACCAGGCUUGUGAAACAGGCGAUUGUGAUGGACGUUUAGAGUGUAAUGGAAUGAUCGGGAAACCUCCGGUGACUCUAAUCCAACUGGCGGUUCAGUCCGAUAGAUCCAAACCUAAUUUCUAUGACGUGAGCCUCGUGGAUGGAUAUAACAUUCCGGUCGCUGUGAAUUCGAAACCGGUGUCAUCCAAAUGCACAAUCUCCGGUUGCCAGAAAGAUCUCAAGGGCACGUGCCCUGAUGAACUCGAGGUGUUGAACAAGGAGGGCAAGGUCGUGGCAUGCAAGAGCGCGUGUUUGGCGUUCGAUAACGAUAGAUUCUGUUGCCGGAAUUCGUACGGAACGCCGGAGAAAUGCAGACCGAACACUUACUCGACGAUGUUCAAGGAAGCUUGUCCGAAUUACUACAGCUACGCUUACGACACUCCUCCUCCUUUGGUGACUUGCUUUGCCAAAGAGUACGUCGUCACGUUUUGUCCUUCGAAUUGGGGUCAUAGUUAUGCAUAAAAACGCAUUUUUUUAUUUUCAAAACUAUAUAUUAUCUAAGAAAUCAAUGUAUUAUUUAAAAUAUGCCUUUACCAUGUUUCUACAAAUUUUUCUUGUUCUUCCCCUUUUUGGUCUUUCUCCAUGGCAGAGACCAAACCAAACGUUCUGUAAGGUCAUUUCAGUGAACUCUCAGAGACAAAGUUUGGAACU